ACUAUGAAGUGGUUUCUGUUCUUCGUACUGGCCAUUGGCCUGGGUUUAUGUUCAUCCACGGUGAAUUCGGUUUCCGGUUACAACUACUACCGAUUGCCGACUGCUUUGAGGCCCCAAAAGUAUUACUUGCGUAUCCUGACAUUUCUGGAAAAUCCAGAUGAUUUGCGCUUUGCCGGGACAGUUAAAAUCUUAAUUGAAGCCCUGGAAAAUACCAGGAACAUAACGUUGCACUCAAAGAACCUGACCAUAGAUGAGUCCCAGAUAACUCUUCGCCAAGUCAGCGGAGAGGGAAGAAAGGAUAACUGUGUGUCCUCCACGUCGGUGAAUCCCAGCCAAGACUAUUACAUCCUGAACACCUGUGAGGAACUUUUGGCUGGAAAUGUUUACAAACUAAGCUUGCCCUUCUCCGCCGAUUUAAGUCGACAACUGUUUGGCUAUUACCGAAGUUCUUACAAAGAUCCCGUUGCCAACGUUACGCGUUGGUUGUCUUCUACCCAAUUUGAACCUGCUUGGGCUCGAAAGGCCUUUCCCUGCUUCGAUGAGCCCAGCUAUAAGGCGUCCUUUGUGGUCACAUUGGGUUAUCACAAGAAGCUCACGGCCCUCAGCAAUAUGCCCAUAAAGGAAACCAAGCCUCAUGAAUCGCUUCCCAACUACGUAUGGAGUCAGUUUGAGGAGUCAGUGCCCAUGUCCACUUACCUGGUGGCCUAUUCCGUUAACGAUUUCGCCAACAAGCCUUCUACUCUGCCAAAUGGCGCUCUUUUCCGCACUUGGGCCAGACCCAAUGCCAUUGAUCAAUGUGAUUUUGCAGCGGAGUUUGGACCCCGAGUACUCCAAUACUAUGAACAGUUCUUCGGCAUCAAGUUUCCACUGCCCAAAAUCGAUCAGAUAGCAGUUCCCGAUUUCAGUGCCGGUGCCAUGGAAAACUGGGGUCUGGUGACCUACAGGGAGUCCACACUUCUCUUCUCGGAAGGUCACUCUUCUUUGGCGGACAAACAGGACCUCGCCAAUGUAGUGGCCCAUGAGUUGGCCCAUCAGUGGUUCGGAAAUCUGGUCACCAUGAAGUGGUGGACUGAUCUCUGGCUCAACGAGGGAUUCGCCACUUAUGUGGCUGGCUUAGGAGUACACAACAUCCAUCCCGAUUGGCACUCAAAGGACAGAGGUUCAUUGCAAUCCAUGAUGGCCUCCUUUCGUCUGGAUUCUCUAGUCAGCAGUCACCCAGUUUCGAGGCCCAUUCAAAUGGUAACCGAGAUCGAGGAAAGCUUCGAUGCAAUCUCUUACCAGAAGGGAUCUUCAGUACUGCGAAUGAUGCACUUGUUUAUGGGUGAAGAAGCCUUCCGAUCCGGUUUGAAGCAGUACCUGCAGUUGUACACCUAUAAGAAUGCAGAACAGGAUGAUCUGUGGGUGUCACUCACUCAAGCAGCUCAUCGCAAUGGAUCUUUGCCCAGAAAUUACGAAAUCAAGACGAUAAUGGACUCGUGGACUCUGCAAACCGGCUAUCCCGUGGUCAAUGUGACCCGUGACUAUACGGCAAAAUCAGCGAGGCUCAGCCAGGAACGUUAUUUGCGGAAUACCCAGAUACCUCGAGACCAACGAGUUGGCUGUUGGUGGGUGCCACUGAGUUAUACAACGGAGAAGGAAAAGGACUUCAGUAACACGGUGCCCAAGGCUUGGAUGGAGUGCAGCAGAAAUGGCGAGAGUCUACCCAAGACCAUCUAUGAUCUUCCUGGAUCCGAUCAGUGGGUAAUCUUUAACACCCAACUGUCGACACCAUAUAAAGUGAACUACGAUGCCCAGAACUGGAAGCUUUUAAUCGAGACUUUGAACAGCGAGGAUUUCGAGAGCAUUCACGUGAUCAAUAGGGCCCAACUUAUAGACGAUAUCCUUUACUUUGCCUGGACAGGGGAGCAGGACUACGAGACAGCACUGCAAGUGACAAACUAUCUGCAAAGAGAACGGGAUCUUCUACCUUGGAGAGCGGCCUUCAACAAUCUAAAGUUGUUGAAUAGGAUUCUUCGACAGACCCCGAACUUUGGGCUCUUUAAAAGCUAUAUGAAGAAGCUCUUGAGUCCAAUCUACGAGCACCUAAACGGCAUGAAUGACACAUUCAGUUCGAUCCAACAGCAGAAUGAGAUUCUGCUAAAGACGACGGUGGUCGAUUGGGCAUGUCAAUACCAGGUUUCCGAUUGUGUACCCCGGGCACAGUCCUAUUUCCGCCGCUGGAAAUCCGAGGCUAAUCCCGACGAAAAGAACCCGAUUCCGAUCAACUUUCGCAGCACUGUUUACUGCACCGCCAUAAGACAUGGAACCGAUGAGGAUUGGGACUUCCUCUGGACGCGGUACAAGAAAUCAAAUGUGGGUUCCGAGCAGCAGACCAUUUUGGCUACCCUGGGUUGCUCGAGAGAAGUUUGGAUAUUGCAGCGCUAUCUGGAGAUGGCCUUUAAUCCGAAGGGAGGCAUUCGCAAGCAGGAUUCUACGCUUGUCUUUCAAGCAGUAGCCUCCAGACAAAUCGGAAUCCUGCUGGCCAAGAAGUACUUCAUGGAAAAUGUGGAACUUAUCCAUAAGUACUAUUAUCCCCAAACGAGGACAAUGUCUCGUCUUCUGAAGCCAUUUUCUGAGCAAGUUAUCACUACAGGUGACCUGAAUGAAUUCAGGACCUUUACUAUUAGUUCUCAAAAGUACCUAAAGGGCGUUCGCCAGGCGAUUCAGCAGACGUUAGAGACAAUGCUCACCAAUGUGCAGUGGAAGGAGCGAAACUAUCAGCACUUUUCCCGCUCCAUACAGCAACACCUGAAUAAUAUACCGACAUCUUUAGAACAUCUUCAGAAGUCC